AUGCUGGUCCCACAGUGUGACCUGGGUCCCUGUACGGCCUCCCAUUGCUUCCACUCUGCCAUGUGCCACUUUGAAAUCUCCUCACACUCCUGCGGUUGUCCAUUUUGUCAUAGGUUGCUGGCAGAUUACAGGCCUUCCAUAGGUGCCACCAAGCCCCAUAUCGGCCAUGGGCCCCCGUACCGCCUGGUCACGCUGCUGCUGGGCCCACAGUGUGACCUGGGUCCCUGUACCGCCUCCCAUUGCUCCCACUCUGCCAUGUGCCACUUUCAGGUCUCCUCACGCUCCUGCUGGUUUCCAUUUUGUCAUAGGUUGCUGUAUGGCCUCCCAUUGCUGCUGCCUCCACCGCCACACUGUGGCUCCAAACACUGGUUUUGGCCCCGUGACUGGCCAAAGGAGUGA